AUGGCUUCAGCUACUGCUACUUCAAGUUAUGCCGCAUCUGCAGGAGCAACGUCUUCAAAUUACACAGAUAUUUCUUCUACUAAUAAUAAUGUGGUACCAAAAUUUAGCGAAUAUCGAUCACGAGUUAUGCUUGGUGAUCUCCCACAAGACUUUCUUCGUAUACAAUUUACACAGGCACAAAUCUAUAAUCCAGCAGUACAAGGUAUGAGACAAGUUUAUUCACCUGUACAACUUCAACAACAACUUUAUCAAAAUCCAAAUUUUCUUGGCUAUUUUACAUUAACAAUUGCUGAGGCGAAAUUAGUAAAAAAUGCCGGUUUAUUAGGUUUGAUCAAAAUGGAUCCAUAUGUUAGUUUUCGAAUUGGUCAUGUUGCAUACGAUACACCCAUAGCAUCUGGUGGUGGUAAAAAUCCUCAAUGGAAAGCCUCUUAUCGCAUUAAUUUAUUCAAAGGAAUGGAUAGAAUUCAUUUAGAAGUAUAUGAUCAACGAAAUUUUACUGAAGAUAGUUUUAUUGGUGAAAGUGAAAUAGUGAUACCACAUGAAGUAAUGGAAGGUGAAACACGUCAACAUUGGUAUCCAUUAAUGGGAAGACAAGCAAGUGCAAAUGAAAAUCAAGGAGAUAUUCUUGUUAUUAUGAGUUUUUUGUCCGUGCGUGCAGCAAACCAUCCUGCAAUGGCAAGUUCAACUGAAACACCUGUUGUGAAUCCAAAUGAAAAUGCAAAUAUUCCGACCGGUCAUGCUGCAACUUCAUUACCAAACCAAUCAGCUAUGAUGACCGAACAACAACAACAACAACAACAACAACAACACCAACAACCGAUAGGAGAACAUUCACCAUCGGCUGUACCAAAGCCGCCACCACCACCAUAUUCACUUGAAGAUGUACGAACAAUUGAAGAAAUGUUUCCUACUGUUGAUCGUCGUAUUAUAACUGAUUUACUUGAUAAACAUCACGGAAAUAAAGAUCUCGUUGUCAAUCAUUUGCUACAAAAUAUUGCUUAA